CCCGUGGAGACCAUGAUGUGGUCCAAGAUGCUGCCCUUGCUGCGGCUCCUGCACUUUGUCUCGGACAAUUGGGAGCGGGUCGCAAAUGCAUUGGACCCCACACCCCCCUUUCCCAAGGGAAAGCACAGGCUCCGCCUGGCAGGUCUUCUUUAUCCCAUGCUCAUGGUGUCCAUAUGCUUUUCGGCAGCUACGAUCUUGAAAGCCACCACGUUCAUUUUCGGAGUCAUCUUCUUCGGCGACCCGAUAAUCCGACUGAUAACUCGAUGGCUCGACCGCUGGCACCCAGGAUGGACCCAGCUACUGCGUCCCGAGGCCCACAUCCUACAUGGCGUCCCGAACGAUGCCCAGCUCGCCAUCACGCUCCUUCGCCUCGGCGAAGCACACGGAACCCCCUUCCCACCCGCACCCAGCACCGACAAGAGCCCUCCCGAGGAACCCCUGCAGUUGACGGCAGCGGACAUGGACGCAGCCGGCGCCGACGCGCCCCUCGGAGCUACGCAGGACGAGAUCGACGAGGCGAAAGCCGCAGACACGAAGACGCUCGAGCAGGCCGGCGGCCCCGACUCCGAGAUCAAAGACGUGGGCGGCCCCAAGACGAGCGGGUUUCUGGCGCUCGUCAAAGGCAGCGUCAAGCUGGGCGUCAAGGCGGCCCUGCAGAUCGACAAGCUGCGUGCCAAAGUCGGCGGCCGCGAGAGCGCCAAGAACAGGCUGGGGGCCGUGCCGCCCAAGGGGGCGGGCGACCUGAGGGAAGGGCCGACCGAGUUCAGCGCUCGCUGGGAGGGCAAGCCGGGACAUGUCCGCAUCAGCAAGCCCGGGCCCGACGUGCUUGUUUCGUUCAAUAACGACUGGCGUGUCCGCGCGGUGGACAUUACAGAGCUGAAGAAGCACAGCGGGAUGGGCGCGCCGAAGCUCAAGCUUGCCGUUGGCUGGGCCAUGGACCGCGAUGUCUCCGAUGGUGUCGAGAUCAAGGAUCGCAACGGGAAGGCGUAUGUUUUAACCGCUGUGCCGUUGAGAGACCAGCUCUUCAAUAGGCUUUGUGCCAUGGGUGGACAGAAAUGGGAGGUGUGGUAAAUGUGGUGGUAGGAGUUAAGCUGUCAUGGAACAGCAGGAUGGAUCUGCUAUCAAUCAAACCAGAUUGAACCGUUUUCGUUUGAUCCUGACAGGAUGCAAGGAAGGAAAUACAAAAUCGUAGCGCCACUGCCCAUGGUGCAAAGGCCUUACAGGAGUGAGCUCGAGCGCCAGUUGCUGAGUUUAUUUGUC